AUGAUUAUUGUUUUACUAUUCAAUUCAUAAGUAGUCAAAACAGAUAUUUAGGAAUUAAUUACCUUUUUUUAUUAUUUAAUUUAUUUAAUUACUUCUGUUUACUUAGCCUAAUAUAACUGCUCACUUAUAAGAAUUGUUGAUAACAGUUGUAGUAUUUUGCUCUCCACACUCUCUAUUACAAUCUUUCUUCAAAGAAAACAUCAAAUCAAUACUUCUCUUAUUGUUACGCAGUUAAUUUUACUACCAGUUUCCUUACUUUUAUCUUCUUUAAUAGAAAAAAAUUACUUAAGCCUUAGAGAAAUUAAUGUUAGCGAAUUUAAAGAAGAUAUCAGCCCUCUGAAAUUAAUCUAGCUGUGUAGAAAUAUUUAGGCUAGCUUUUCAUUUUCUUUUUCAAAGUAUAACUAGAAUCCGAAUUCUAUAGUCUUGGAAGAGAUAGGAACUCAGCAUUUAUAGUUUUGUACUGAAUAUCCCUAUUGCUUUUGCAACUAUAAGGAAGAAAGCAAACAAGAAUAUAUAGACAACACAAUCAAUGGUAAAAAUAGAAUGCUUUUCACCUAACAUUUUGUAAAGAAGCAAUUGUUAAAUGGAAGAAACUUAAACUUAAAAAUGAGAAAAUAAUCAAAUACGAAUUUGGAUUUAAGUUACUGCACUUAUUUACUAGAAGUUUGUGGUUCGAGAGUGUAAUGUAUAUAUGAACUUAAUAAAAUGAUAUUUGAAAAGAGUAUCUCAUUAAGAGAAUAAAUGUAUGCAUUUUAUUUGAUAGAAAGAAUCAAAGAAUCUUUCAAGAAUAAAAGUAAUAAAUUAGAUUUUUUUGUAGCUUUAAACUAUGAAAAAAUAAUGAACCACACAUUUAACAAAUUUGAAUAAUCGUUAUAGUAAAAAUUUAAAUUGUACGAUCUAAUCAAUAGUGAUUAAAUUAAUCUAAUAAAUCUUACACUGGAAUCUGAUAAAUUGGUAGAACUGAGGAAUUAACUAAAGGCUAAUAUCGUUGAAUUAUUAAGAAUAAAUUCAAAGCACCCCGCUUUUAUGUUCCUUUAAUAGGAAUAUCUAGAUUCUUUUGCCUUUUUAGAAAGUUAUUCAACUUUAACUAAAUUUUCCUAUCAUCUUAAAGCAAAAGAAGCUUAAAAUGAAAUGGAAAGUUAGAAGAAAAUUCAAGACUAAGUUACUCAAAAUGAAGAAAACAUGAAAUAAUUUUAUAAUUUCAAGAAAGAAGAGUUAUUUUAAGAAAAAAGUUGUGUUUUAUUUUUAAGGAUAACAGGUAUUUAAGUUGGGUAUGUUAUAUAAGCUUAAAAAAACUUUUCUGACUUGUUUGGCUAUACAGAAAUCGUUGGCUAAUCAAUAAAUACAAUCAUCCCUAGUUGUAUUUCAUAGUAUCAUAACAGACACAUUAGCAAUUACAUAAAUUAAGUUGAUCAACUGAAUCAAUCCUUUUCUGGAAAGUACAUUCCAUUAUAAAUAGCAAUAAAUAAGUAAGGUUGGGCUGUUCCAAUUAGCUUGAGAAUGCAGAUUGAAUAUCUCGCUGACUACAAUGAGUUAGGCCUAUCUUGCGUUAUAAAGCAAAACUUAUCUGAUAAUAAUUUUAUGUUAUUAGAUGUAGAAAGCAGUAAAAUAUAAGCUAUCAGCUAGCCUUUCUAUAAUUCGCAUUUCUCAUAAAUUUUUUCAAUCAAAGAAUUAAUGUAAAUUCCCUUAUGUAGAAUAAUCCCAGCUCUUUUAUACCUUACUGACAAAUAAAAAUUUUAAAACCUGCAACAGUUAAAUUACAUAUAAACAUUUGCUUUUCUACCAGAUAAAGGAAUAACUUCAUAGAUCAAAUUUAGCUUAACAAAAUAAUUUAAUUUAAGUAAGCUAUCCAAAGAAUUAGAGGAUUAUGCAAAUAAACCAUACCUAAAAAUCUAUUUAUUAAAUUUUAAAUUAAGCUUUAUCAAUGAAGCUUAUCAAAAAUUAUGCAUUUUGGAAAUUGAAUAAUUUCGAUAAAUAACAUCUGAGUUAGAAAUUAAAGAUGCAUUUUAAUAAGCGCAAAUGUAAUUUCAAACUAUAUUUUAGAUAAAAAUUCCUAAUUUUGUCUACAAAAGCUCAAUAAAUCCAAUUUUUGAAGAGCAAUAUGAUACUCCAUAAGAAUAAUAAAUUUUAAAUGAAGUAAAUUAAUCUCACAGUUUAGACAUCCUAGAUGAUGACCAUCAUAGAAAGCUAAUUAAUUUAUAAAAUUAGCAGGGUGCUAAUGAUAUUGAAUAAAUUAGCUUUGUACCUUUGAAUAAUUAUUACAAUGUUGAAUCUAUUAAGCACCUAGAUUCAACUCCUCUCUAUCAUAAUUAAAUACAUUUCUAAAAUUAAACCAUUUCGAAGUAAAUUUUUGACACAGAUUAAUAUGACUAAAAGGGUUUUCCUUAAUCACCAUGUGCUUUAUUCUCUGUUUCUUCACCUAGAUAAAAUAUGAUUUCUAACACAACUCUGAUAUCCCCGAGAAUUUAAAAGAUUAGUACAUCCUAAAAUAAUAUAACCUUAAGUAAAGUAAAAAUUUAAUCUAAUGAAAACUUGAUUUACUCUCAAGAUUUUAUCCCUGGGAUAAAAGAUACUUCAACAGAAGAAUAAAACAUUAAUUUAAGUCCAACUAAGAUUAAGAAUAAGGUUUCAGAAAAAGUUGAAGACUAACUUAAUAUUUGGCAAUUUGACUUAUUUAACUAAUGCCAUUUAAAACCAGAUAAAAUACGCAAAAUAGAAGCAGAAGAAUAACUGAAUUCAAACAUUUCAACACUAGAAAAACGAAAUGACAGUAAUUUAAAAUCUAAAGGAGACAAAAUGGGAAGAAAGAGUUAAAAUUUGAAGGAGGGAGCCACUACUUCAAUAAAAAGUUCUAUAUCACAUUCGAACGAAUUGAAGAGAACAAUUUACUAAAAGAUAAAAAGCACUAAAAAAGGAGUGUUGAUAACAUUUUUAAAUAUUUUAACCAUAAUAUCAAUAAUUCCUUUAAUUACAAUGACUUUAUACUAAUACUUAACCAUGACAUCUGAAUUCUCAUUAGAAAAGAUUGACUUUUAAAUGAUACCUUGGCCUAUGUCUCUAAGAGCUGUUUUAUCAUAAAAUUUGGAAUAUGUAAUAUUUAUCAAAUUCGUAGACUCAAACAUCUUUCCAGGAGUGAAUUAGUAAUGGAAGGAUUACGGUCUAGAACAUUAUAAGAGGAUAAAUGAUGAAAUAAAUGAAUAUAACUAUCUAUAUAAGCAAUAUUUAAGUUCAGAUUAGAAUUAAUUGACAUAUUUUUAAAAUGUUACAAAUUUCAAAUUAAAUUAUGUUUAAAUGAGAGACUAAUUUAGUUAAAAAAAUAAAUAAUUUAAUUAAACUAUAUCUUUUUAAGCGUAUAUUUACAACUAUUUUACAACAGUAAAUCGUUUAAGCACUCUUGUAUACAAUGAAUAUAAUGAAGAAGGUACUGUUUUAUCUAAUUUUGUAAGUUUUAGUACACAAAUAUCAACAUUAGCAACAAAUAUUCAAUAAAAAACAAGAGAUGAUUUACAAGGAAUUUAUGAUUAAAGUAUUCUGGUAAUGGAAGUUAUCAUAAUACUAUCUUUUAUAGUUAUUUCUGGUAUUUUACCUGCUAAUUACCUUAUAUAAAACUAAGUUGAGGAGAUAUUAAAAUUGUUUGCUACGAUUCCUCCAUAACACCUCUAGGAUGUUCUUUAAAAUUUAAGAAUUUCAGCUAUAAAAUUGAAUAGUUACAAAUUAUAAUUUACAAUUUAGUAAGAUAAAAAGAAUUCUAAGACAAAAAACUAAUUGUAGAACUUUACUUCAAAGCUUAAGCAUGAAAAUUUCAAAUAAAGUAAAUAAAAUGAUGUUAAAUAGCUAGCCUACAAAUAAGAUUUUUCUUCAAAUUUAAUUUCUAUAAAUCAAAAGAAAAAAAGUAUUUCUCAAACAACUACAAUAAACAAACUUCAAAUUAAGCAUGUCAUAUAUUGCUUAUUAGCUUUAAUAGCAUUGAUUAUUUAGCCCAUUACGAAUGUAAUUUUGAUUAAAUCUUUUAAUGAUCAAGCUCUUAUAAAUAUCGACUUACUGAGUACUUUAUACGACUUGAAAGCUCAUUUUUGUAGCAAUUUAGUCUUAAACUAUUCCUAUUUAUACUAUAAAUUGGUCCCUAACAACAAUCUAUAUGAUCCAAACUAUUACAAAGUUAGAAUACCUGUAUUUUUUUCCUUAAAUGUGAAGAAACAAACUAAUUUAAAUAAUGUAGUUGGUUAGUAGAUAAUGACUGAUAGAUAUUAAAUGGAAUACUAUAAUGAAUUUUUAUUUAAAAUCUUAAAUGGAAACAUGUGUGAGGCAUUUAGAGAUUAUCCAUAGUUUUAUAAUUAAACUUACUUAAAUUUCAAUUUUAGUACUUGCAGCAAAACAAGAAAUUCUAUUUUGACGAAAGGAUUCCAAAUAUCAGGAAAAUAUUUCUUAGAUUAAUUUCCAAUUUUAUAUGAUAUUUUGAGCAUCAAAGAUUAAACAGUGCUCUAAAAGGAAAUACUCAGUUGGUAAUAAUCGUUUGACCUCAAAGAAUUUGAUGAGUUUUCAUAUUUUUUGAUACAGGUUAUUACAGUAAUGAAAGAUUUCUUAGUUAAUCGAAAUAACGAUUAUCUAAAUUAUAUGAUUACAAUUUAGACAUUCCUUUUAGUCUUCUAAUGCUUGUCACUAACAAUAGUUUUUUAUUUUGGUUGGUACAAUUUUUACAAAAGUAUAACAAACAAUCUUAAUAAAAGUAAGAAUUACCUCACCUUAAUUGAUGUCGAUUAAAUAAUCGAAAAUCCAUAUUUAAUGAGUUAUAUUAACAAAUAAAAAUGA